AUGGCUUCAACACAACCCUCAUCCGGGCCAUCAACGACAACCAUUGCCGUCGCAACCGCCGGUGUCAUCGCAACCGGCGCCUUCGUCUACGCCCUCUAUUUCGAUCACAAGCGCCGAAGCGAUCCCGAAUUCCGGAAGCAUCUCAAGCGCCAGCACAAGAAAGUUCAGAAGGUGUCAGAGGAAUCCGCAAAGGCCGCUGAGCGCUCGCAGAAAGAGAAGAUUCGCGCCAAGGUAGACGAGGCAAACGAGGAGGGCUUCCCGAGAGAUCCAGAGGAGACGGAGGCAUACUUCAUGCAGGAGGUCGCUCGCGGAGAAGGAAUGUGCACAGAUGGAAGCGACCCCGUCGAUGCGGCACUGUGCUUUUACAAGGCCUUGAAGGUCUAUCCUCAGCCGAGAGAGCUCAUUACAAUCUAUGAUAAGACGGUACCCAAGGUAUGUCGUAUGAAAACCUUGUGCUGAAGAGUGUUCGCUUGCUAAUGAUUGAACAGCCCAUCCUGGACAUCCUCGCCGAGAUGAUCGCCGUCGACCCAAGCAUAUCUGUUUCCUCCAACUCCGCCGCAGCCUCCGACGCCGGCUCCGCCACUGUCGAAUAA